CUCCGGUCGCAUCAACAGCAGCUCGUCCUUUUCUCAUCUGACACGACGCCGAAUACUAGGUAAUAGUAGGACUGACGAGUCAUAUGGAGCAGCAUCCGCAGCCAAAGCCCCACCGGCCAAGGCUCAAGGUCCGUAGCGCCUGCCUCAGUUGCCGGUCAAGGAAGGCCAAGUGCGAUGGCUCGCGCCCGGGAUGCACAAGAGCCCGUACACAAGUCUACACCCUCACAGCACACACUGAUACCAGCUUUCAGAGCCAUGGCCUCGCACCAUCGGCCCACUCCCGUCACACCCCGCCGUCCUCGGUCGGAACGCCCUCGAGCCAUGGGGACUCUGUCGCUGUACCCCGCGAUGCAGACCGAGAGCAUGGAAACCCCAAUCAUGACCAGAGCCGAACGUACUACAGCGCUCACGGCCGGUUCGCAGACCAGAUCGUCGCCGCCAUCGAUCCGGCUGCAACCUCGCACAAAGUCCCCUUUGUCGACGCGCCGCUUUUCGAGAAUCUCAUUCUCGAUCCCCAGUCGUCCACUCUCCGCUCGCAUUUCGUUACCGAGCUACCACCCCGCGCUUAUGCGGACCAGCUGGUCGAUAUAUACUGGCGAUAUGUCGAGCCCGUGGAGCCGGUCCUGGAUUACCACCGUUUUACGGAGAACUACGAGAAAAUAUACUCCACGGUAGAUGGACCACCCUGCACACGUUCCGAUUCCAACCUCUGGCUAUGUAUUCUGAAUGUCGUCUGCGCGCUGGCGAUCCAGAGACAGGAGCACAUACCCGCUCCGCAACGGAAUGAGCAGGGAAAUCGCUUCUUCCUGCGCGCGUGGGCGCUGCUUCCGAUCGACUUGCUCUGGAUGCCCGUCUCGCUGGAGCUGCUACAAAGCCUGAUCUUGGUGAAUCGGUAUCUUCAUUGCACGGAUAACCAGCACAAGACCUGGAUGACCGCGGGUGUGGCGAUUCGCAUGGCGCAGAGCUUGUGCGGCCAUCGCGGAGAGAGUAACGACGAGGCGCUGAAAAUGAAAGUCUGGGCGAGCUGUGUUGCUCUUGAUCGGUGUACAUCCUGGUCUCUGGGCAAAGCCUCGGCCCUAGUCCCCGUCCCACUCCCUCCAAAUAGCUCCCAGCGAAGGGGUGUCACAAACCCGCCGAAGGAUUCGUGGGGAAUGAGGCUGUACGAAAUCGGUAAUCAGAUCCAGCUUGCACAGUUGCGAGCACGAAGCACACACGGAUCGGCGUCGCAGUCGCCGCAAGACGAGUACUGCAACGCGGCCUUGCAGCUCGACGCAUCCCUGCAGCAGUGGGAAGACAGUCUGCCCGCUGAGUGGCAGGCGCAGAACCUCAAGAUGCUUGGUGAUAGGUCGUCUCGCUCUGAAAGGUAUCUGCUUCAACUGCGCUACCUCCACCACCGCAUCUUCCUCUACAGACCCAUGCUCGCACGCAUCUACUCCAUGGCCUCGACUCCCAGCACACACUCCUCCCCCUCCUCCCUCUGCACACCCCGACCAACAAGUGCCACCGGCACACUCAACCACCGCCUCCUCCAGAACGCUGCGACAAUGUGCCUCGAAGCCGCGCAACGAAUAGCGACCCUCAUCGUCGAAACCCUCGAACACGAUCAAGCUCAAGCUGAACCAAUCGGUCUGCUUCCCUGGUGGUACAGACUAUACUACCUACACAUUGCGGGUGCGAAUUUCCUCGCCGCCAUGAUCAGUCGCGAACUCUUUACGGAGUCUGUGGCGCGCAGCUGGGAGGAGGUUCUGGGUGCGCUGCACGCGCAUGAGCAUCUUUGUGGCUAUGCGGUGCAGUGUGGGAGGACUUUUGCGAUGCUUGCUGGUAGGAUACGGAGGGUCGGUGGUGGGGGUCUUGAUGUGAGCACCUGUGAGGGAAGUGUUGGUGGUGCCGGCACCAAUGCGAGUGCAGGUGCGGAUGUGGGUGCUUCCAGUUUGGAGAUGGACGAGUCCCCGCCGGGGAUCAGUUUCGAUGAGCUUUUCCAGGACAUUGAUUUCGACAUGGAUGGGUUCUUGUUUGGGGCGGCGCCCUUUGGGCAAGGUGGUGUUUAGGCAGGAGGGGUUUGUGACUGCAGGUUGACACCGUUGUCGGAGUUUAUCUUUACUACCCUUAGGGAACCCUGCCUGCAGGACGCCGGAUUGGGCGAGUAUUAUUGUGCUCUCUUAUCUUAUCCAGGUCAGUUAGUGUACCACCAGCCUGCCCCUUGGGAGCCGGUUGAGUAGACCCCAAUCUCUCCGAUGGACCUAAUAUCCCGGCUAAAUACUAUGCUUAUUAUAAUAACAUUUUGCGUAUUGACCCCCGCC